AUGAUUUUUUCUGCCCCAAGUCUUGCCCCUACGCUUAGGCGCAGCACAAGGAAGCGCGCCCAUGUUCAGUACUCGGAGACUGAUACAAAGGGGAAGCUCAGGGCUCCCGACGAGUCUACCACUGCCGAGUUGUCCUCGGACGAGGAAGAAGACUAGCCGCCAGCGCCUCCCUCGAUGCCGGCAAGGCCCACAUGGGGUUGAAGCGGGUCGACUCGGCACGACUGCUGCUCGAGAGGACGGCAUAGCCUCCGCAACGACCCGACAAGACCACCACGUUACAACUACAAUCAUAAAACACCGGCAACAACAAGAGCCCUGUUCUUUGUAAGUGGUGGUGGGGGUAGAGUUGGUUGUGUUAGCAGUGAUCGUGGUGGUGAUGUGGUGUUGCUGGGGUCCUUAUCGGAUGAAGGGUGUUGUUGCGGCUCGUGGCUCUUGUGGUAUUAUUGCGUGUUCUUUACUGGCUUGUCGCUUUUGUUUGAAAUGACCGGUCGAGGUGUGCUACGCGGAAUCUUGGAGCUCAUAUCUAUGCAUGCGCUAUUCGAUGUAGUCUACUGUUCGAAGGAGUCGCAAAAGCUACAAACAACCGUGGUUGUGUGUGUGUUCAGUCAACUCGUUCUUGGGCGAGUGUUGUUUUGGCAAAGUGCGGAGUGAAACUUCGCAAACACUACGCAUACGUACGAUAGAAGGGUAGUAUAGGGUAUAUUUGAAGGGGAACCUUACCGUUUGGUGGGAGGGUAUAGAGGGUGCGUUUACAUUGGGCUAAUUUUUGUUUACACAAUGCAUACAGAAACGCUCUGCCGCAUUGAUCUCUUGAUUGAC